GGACGCUCCGCCACAGACGGACAGUUUGAACUCUUCACCGGCCAAUAAUCAAGAGACUCCACCUUCCGCCGAGAGCAAACGUGCCGUCUAUAUGAGCGAGCGGCACGCUGACGGCACAAAGAGAAGAUGCCUUCAGCGGGACAGGAGAUACUCGGAGUGACGUUCGCCGUCCUGGGAUGGAGCUUGUCCAUUGCGUCCUGCGCUCUGCCCAUGUGGAGAGUGUCCGCCUUCAUCGGGGUCAACAUCGUGACGGCCCAGACCACCUGGGAGGGCAUUUGGAUAAACUGCGUGGUCCAGAGCACGGGCCAGAUGCAGUGUAAAAUCCACGACUCCAUGUUGGCCCUCAGCGGGGACCUCCAGGCCGCCCGCGCUCUUACCAUCAUCUCCAUCGUGGUGGGCCUUGUGGGCCUCCUGCUGGCCAUGAUGGGCGCCAAGUGCACCAACUGCGUGGAUGAGGAGCGGGCGAAAGCGCGGGUGAUGAUCGCGGCCGGGGCGGCGUUCCUCUUGGCCUCUCUGACCCAGCUCAUCCCGGUGUCGUGGUCGGCGCACACCAUCAUCCUGGAGUUCUACAAUCCGGCCAUCCCCGAGCCCCAGAAGAGGGAGAUCGGAUCGGCUCUUUACUUGGGGUGGGCCGCGGCGGCCUUUCUGCUCAUCGGCGGCGUCAUCCUGUGCUCCAGCUGCCCCGCUCAGCCCGAGAAAAGGUACGGGCCUCCGUCAAAGAUCAUGUACCCCCCGACCAGAUCCAUGGCCCCCAGCGGCUAUGAGCAGAGGGACUAUGUCUGAACUGGAAUGGACUUUUCAUGGACAAACUGUAACUUUGUACCCACUCUUUCUUUGACACUGUGUUACAAACUAGUUUUGAUGAACUCACUGUUUUGAUACAAAAAAAAAAAAAUGGAAUCAAUACUUGAAUCAGUUACGAAUUGGAUCAAAUGAUUUUCUUGUUUAAAUAAAGAUUUUUUUAAGGGA